AUGCGUGCCAAUGCGCCGCAAGGGGGCGACGGCUCCCGGAGCAGACAAAACUCACUUUCGAGGGGGUUCCGUGCCAGCACUUCAGUUCUACCUCGACCCCCGACCACCUCCUUACGCGAAUCACGGACCACAUCAUUUCGAGCCAGCACUCAACCAACAUACGAUCUAAUCUCGGGCGUGGCAUCAAACCCACGACCAUCAUCGAGGCACAGCAUGGCAGAAUCUGUACGACCGGGGUCUCGCGAAAGUUCUAAGGAAAACCUGGCACCCCCCGACGCGGACGAGUAUGAGAAAUACAGACGGGAGAUCGAAUCCUUGAAGGCAGAGAUCGGGACCUUGCAGUACCGCAUGCAGACUUCAGAGCAAGAGAAGGAGAUUGCCCUGUCGCAGCAAAGCAGUAAGGUCGAGCAAGCCCACAGACGUGAGCAAGACGAGUCGCAGAGACGCCAAGCUGCGGAAACAGAACGGGAACAUGCUGCUGAGCAGAUGCAAGCCCUUAAACGAGAAUUAGACGAGUUGAAAGAUUCUGCAGAAGAUGACAAGCGAGCAGUUGAACGGAGGGCACGCGCUGCCGAAGACGAGGCACGGCUACUGCAGGAACAGCUGGAAGAUCUGUCAACUGCUAAAGAUGAAGCCGCUCGAAUCGCGGAUAAGAAGCAGAAUGAUCUCGAGAUGCAAAUUGCUGCAGUUCAGAGCUCGGUCCAAGAAAUUGAGGAGGAUGCACGCGCCAAGGACGAGGCCCUGCAGCAACUUCAAGCUCAAAUGGCCUCCAAAGAGGACGAAAUAACCAACCUCGAGGCCGAAGUCCUUCGUCUGAAAGCCCAAACUGGCGAUGCCGAGACGAUGCGAAUCAUUCAACGUGAGCUAUCCGAGCAGGUCCAGUAUAUCAGGACGCUUGAGGGCCAGAAUCGUGAGCAGCUAUCAGAACUGAAACAUCUGAGAUCUGUACACAAGACUGUUGAGGUCGUGGAGGAGGAGAAAAGAUCACUGAUGAGGAAAGUAGAGUUGGCCGAGCUUCUGGAGCCAGAACUUGCCGAGGCCAGGCUGCAGCGACAACGCCUGGAGGAUGAACGUUUGGCUUGGACCUCGUAUCUGAAGAACGCAUCGGAGACUGGGGAUUUAGAGUUCGAGUCGCCAGAGGCACUCGCUCGUGGGCUUGUUGAGGAGAGAUUAACAUCCGCAUCGCAUCUUGACAAGGUGGGCGCGUUGCAAGCUGAAGUGGCAGCGCAGCAGGAUACGAUCCAGUCACUCAAGGAAGAGAAGAACCAGCUCAAGAGCCAGGUCGAAGAAGCUAAGACCUCUGCGAACGCUGCUACAACCGAUAAGGCCAGGUUACGCCUGGAUCGUCAACGAGCACUGGCACUGAAAGAAGUCGAGUAUCUACGAGCGCAGCUGAAAACUUUUGACACUGAAGACGAAACGAUGCAGCCAGAACAGUUUGACGAAGCUCGAGCGAACCGCGUCCAGGAACUGGAGUCUGUCAUCGACCAGUAUAAAACCGAGAUACAGACCCUUCACAACGAACUCUCAUCGAAGGAAUUGUCUAGUCCUGCGCUCCAGCCUCUGGCUAGUGCUGGGAGCAAGCGAGCGCAUCCGCACGAUGAAGAAGCUCAAGAGCAACUGGGGCAACUUACGAGGAAGAAUAGGAAGCUACAAGGAGACCUGGAAGCUGUGCAGAAACAGGUUGCCUUGUUGGAAAAGGACCUUGCCGCCAGCCGGGAACAGCUAACGGCUGCUAAAGAACACAGCCAGACCCGCGUACUGUCGCUGCGGUCUAACCCAACAUCCGACUACGAGGCUAUCAAGCGUUCAAAUUUGGAAGCUCUGCAAAAGGAAAACAACGAUCUCCUCGCCACUCUAAGAUCCAACAAUGCCAACUCGUCAGUCUCAUAUAUUCCCACGUCAGUUCUCGGUGCGAUGGAGCGAGAGGUUGCGGCAGCCAAGGCGGAGACGGCCUCUGCGCAAAAGUCGGCUCGGAGACUCAAGGAGGUCUGGGGCUCCAAAUCCCAAGAGUUCAAGGAGGCCAUCUUUUCCACUCUAGGAUGGACGGUUACCUUUAUCCCCAACGGCAAGAUGCGUGUCGAGAGCACAUUCUUCCCUUCGCAAACGGACGAAAACGAAAAUUCGAUCGUCUUCGACGGAGAGCGCGGCACGAUGAAGGUUGGAGGCGGGCCCAAGAGCCCUUUUGCCCGACGUAUCAGUGACCAGAUUGGUUUCUGGGUGAGAGAGAAGGGCUGUAUCCCCGGCUUUCUGGCGGCUCUGACGCUUGAAUUCUACGAAGAGCACUCAAGAAAUACGAAGGAUGAUUAA